AUGAGUGAGCCAGAUACACCCUUUAAAGUUCAGGCGCAAUUCCCAUACAAAUCAGAAUACGAGGACGAUUUGAAUUUUGGAAAGGAUCAGAUCAUAACUGUGACCAACGUGGAGGAUGAUGAAUGGUAUUACGGUGAAUAUGCUGACAAAGAGGGGAUCUUCCCCAAGAGUUUUGUCAAGAUUUUGGAAACUGCACCAGCUCAAGCUCCGGAACCUGUUGUGAAAGCUGCUCCACCUCCGCCUUCAGAAACUAAAGUAAAUGAAGUAGUGAUGCCCAGUGAGACAAAGGAGAAACCACCUUCUUCACCCAUUACUAAACAACCUCAGCAAAUUACUCCUCAGGUUCCAAAGACCGUCGAGGAAUCUAAGCAUGUUCCUAAGAUGCCCACCUUGCCCUCUACGUUCAAUGCUGAUGAUAACGGUGAUCAUGAACAUGAUCAGCAAUUGGAAGAAGAGGAUUUACCAAAGAUGAGUUUGAAGGAAAGGAUUGCUUUGUUACAAGAACAACAAAGAUUGCAGACCAAAAAGGAUGAUGAGAUGGCCACCGCCGCUGCUGAUUCCACCGCUCCAGUGGCCCAUACUACUGGUGGUUCAAAUAUGUCUCAUCACCAAAGAGAUACGCAUUCCAUUAUCUCACAAGGAAGACCAUCCAUUGAUGAAAAUAUGGAAGAGGAUGAAGAAGAUCAAGAGGACCAGGAACAGAAAAAGGUUAACGAAUUAGGAACUGCUCCAAUCGAAGCUCCCAAGAAGGAACCUAUCCCCUUAACAAAAGAAGAAAAUCAAGAACGAGAAAAUGAGAAGGAUGGCGAGCAAAGUAGUAGUGAGGGAAGUGAAGAGAGUAGUGACGAUGAUGAUGCUGAGGAUGAGGAAGAUACAGAAGAAGCACGUAGAGCGAAACUUAUAGAAAGGAUGGCCAAAAUAUCUAGUGCUGGUCGGUUUGGUGGUCCUGCUGGAUUUAACCCAUUUGGUGCUCCUGUUGGAUUUAAUCCAUUUGGUGCACCCGUUAGUAACAAAGAAACUGCAAAGCCGGCUAAGAAAAAGAAACAUCAUAAGAAGAAGGAAUCUGGUGAAAAUGAAGAACCAGUUAUACCUCAAGCAGUACCAGUAAUGCCAUUCGCUGAUCCAAAUGCAGUAUCUUUCUUGAAUAAACACAAGACACAGACAGAAUCAGAAUUCAAUGAACCUAAAGAACAAGAGGUACAGAUGGAAAGCCCUGAAAACCCUGCAAUCUCACCAAUAUCCUCACAUACUCAACCCUCACAGAAUAUCACAUUAGAUCCAAACAGUAAGGAAGAGAAAACUCAUGCGUACCAUGACUUGGUAAAGCAGGAGUCUGCUUCUUCAGCAGUCGCAGACACAACUAACAAUGACGCGGAUGAUGAGGCAGCCGGUGAAAAGAAUGCAUACUAUGAUACAGAACCGGAGGCCACUUUAGAAAACAAGAAUGAGGAAACCGUGUUGGAAGAAAAGAGAGAAAGUAAAGUUAUAAAUGACAAACUACCAUUAUCUGACUCCACUGGCUACGAAUCCUCAGAUGACAAUACGGAUCUUCCUCCUUCGAAUCCUGGCGGUGUGCCAAAACUUCCUCAACCAUUCGGUAUCCCACCAUCAAUGCCAUCAUUCGUUGAUGAAAACAAUGACAAAUCUAAUAAUGAUAAAAUGGAGGUACCACCUAUACCUGGUAGAACUUAUGAACACCAAAGUCACGAUAUUGCUGCACCACCCCCUCCCCCAGUUUCUUCAGCUCCUCCAAUCCCACCAGCAUCGAAAUCAGCUGCUCCACCACCUCCUCCAGAAGUGCCAGUUAUUAUUCCUGAACAAGGCGCACCACAACAUAAGGCACCUGUCCCACCAAUUCCACAUUUACCUGAGAUGCCUGAUGAGUUUUCCCAAGGACCACCAUUACCUCCACAUCCUCCAGUCGAUACACCGGUAGUGCCUGAAACUCAGAGAAGUAUGGCACCUCCACCUCCCUUACCAACCAAAUUUCCCCCUCCACCGAUGGAGCCAAUUGCUCAAACUUCAUCAUUGACAUCAUCAACGAUGAUGAGAAGAUCAACUACAACGACAAUAUUCCCAGAAGGCCCAAAGAUUAGUUUUGAUCCACAUGAUUCAUGGUGGUUAAAUAAACAACUCCCAUCAGAUUUCAAAUAUAAAUAUUUAUUUGAAGUUGAAGAUCAUAAAGUGAAGAAAAGGUUAGGCCAAACAUGGAUAAUUAGGGACUAUUACAUUUUAUUUGAGGAUUACUCGCAACUUCAAAUUUGUUUGAAUUUCAACGAAAAGGAUCCUCAAGGAACAGUUACUUGCCAACAAUUCUUCAAAGACAAGCCUACUGAUUUGACAAAGUUGGAAGGUUAUUCUAAAAGGAUUGGUUUGGGCAUUAUUCAAAAAGCACAUUCUAAAAUUGGUUUGACAGGGUCUUCUCAUUUAGUUACUUCUAUUCUUGAUGAAUUGAAAAGUGAGAAAAUCUUGGCCCCAAUUAGUUCGAGGACAUAUGGUAUGUCAGUAUUUGAUUAUAAACCUGAUACUCCAAUCGAUUCGGAAGCCUUAAAGAAUGUAAGAGCAGGUGAUAUUCUAGUAAUAAGAAAGGGGAAGUUUGAAAGUCAUAACAAGCUUGGUGCUAAGUCAAUCACCUCCAUUGGAAUGGAUAGUGUUCCAUACUCUAGUAUCAUAACGGAAUACGAUUUCACUAAGAGCAAAUUCAGAGUCAUUGAAGAGCACUCUGGUAAAGUGAUCCAAUCCAGUUACAAAUUAAGUCAUAUGAGAAGUGGGAAGUUGAAGGUGUUUAGGGUUGUAGGAAGGGAUUAUGUCGGUUGGUAA